CCCACACGCUGCCUUGCUCUGCUCACCAUCAGCUGCGGAGCCGGCGCUGGGGAAGCAUCUCCCGGGUGUAGCUACGUAUCCAGCGCCCCCCCCGCCAGCCCCCCCAGCUCCUUCCUCCGCCGGGGGAAUCUAGGGUUCCUUGCUCCAGCCCCCCCAGUUCUGCAGCCCCCCCCCACACCAUGGCUAUCGAGAAGGAGAAGAAAACCUGCGGGCAAGUCAUGGCGGAGUGGCGAGAAGCCAUCUGGAACCCGCGCACCCGCCAAUUUAUGGGGCGCACGGGCAGCAGUUGGGCCAUGAUCCUGUUCUUCUACCUGGUCUUCUACGGCUUUCUCACGGCGCUUUUCACGCUCACCAUGUGGGUCAUGCUGCAGACGGUGGACCCCUAUAUCCCCAAGUACCAGGACCGCCUCUCCGUGCCCGGGAUGAUGAUCCGCCCCAAAACAGAUGCCCUGGACGUGACUUUUAACGUCAGCAACACUGAGACCUGGGACCAUCACGUCAAGAUGCUGAAUGACUUCCUGGAUCCCUACAACGACUCCAUCCAGGUGGCCACCAACGACGCUUGCCGCCCGGGCCGCUACAACGAGCAGCCGGACAAUGGGGUGCUGAAUUACCCCAAGCGGGCCUGCCAGUUUAACCGCACGGUGCUGGGCGCCUGCUCCGGGCUCAACGAUUCCACCCACUACGGCUACGCCGACGGCCGGCCCUGCAUCCUCAUCAAGAUGAACCGGGUCAUCAACUUCUUCGCAGGGGCCAACCAGACCAUGAAUGUCACCUGUGCUGCCAAGAAAGAGGAGGACGCACAGAAGCUGGGGGAGAUGGUCAUGUUCCCCCCCAAUGGUCACAUCGACCUCAUGUACUUCCCCUACUAUGGCAAGAAAGUCCAUGUGAACUACACCCAGCCCAUCGUGGCCGUCAAGUUCCUGAGCCUGGAGGCCAACACGGACCACAACGUGGAGUGUAAAAUCAACGCCGUGAACAUCGCCACCACCGACGAGCGGGACAAGUUCGCCGGCCGCGUGGCCUUCAAGAUCCGGGUCAACAGGGACUAAGCCCUGCCUCCCCUCCCUUCCCCCCCCAACUUUCCCGGGGCUCCACCCCCAAAUGGGCAGGGCUUAAUGGAGGAGGAGGGGCCAGUUUCGUAAGGGGAGGAGCCCCUGGUACAUCCUGGGCGGGGCUUGAUGGAGGAGGGACCCCCUGGGAUUUGAUUUGAUUUUGGGGUGGGGGGGGUUGCUCUUGAAAUCGUCCUGCCGAAAAUCCUAGGAUGACUAACCUGGCUCUUAGGCUGUUUUAGUGACCUUCCCCGUGGCGCACCCCCCCACCCCAGUUAUGCCCCCCACCCCAAAAUGUGCUGAUUACACUGAAAGGUCUGGUACCACCCUACACCCCCGCACCCCCAAAAUCCUUUGGAAUGCUACGUCGCUUUGAUCUCUUCUAAUGCCCUUUUUCCCCCCCCAUUUUUGGGGGGGCAGCUCAGAGCCUGUGACACCCCCCCCUUUCCCCUGCCCUUUGAAAUCCCAUUGAGAUGUUUCCUAAUAUAAUAAUAAAUGUAUAUAGAUAUUUUUUAUAUAUAUAUAUUAAAAAUUAAGGUACGGCCGAGACCUCUAUUCUCCCCCCCCUCGGGUACCCCCCCAGCCCGCACACUUCUGCCCACUCCCCGUUUUCCAGCCCCCCCACCCGCACCCCUACAGGAGACAUUGAGAUUUGGUGCGUUGUCUUGAGCCGGCGGCCAUUUUGUUUUCCUGACCGAGUAGGUGCCGGGGCUUGAGUUGAGGAAGGUAGGCCGGGAAUGGGAACGACCCCAGUACCGUGGCCACCCGUACGGCGGCCAUUGUCCUGGUAGGUUAGAAAACAAAAUGGCUGAACAGCGGCGGCCCUAUCGUGGGAUAGCAGCCGUUGUCCGUGUCUCUUGGGAAUCAAAAUGGCCGCCAUUCCGUAGCCAACGACGUGGCUGCCGUUGUUCGUGUAGACCGGGAAUCAAAAUGGCCGCCAUUCCAUAAGCCACCAUUGUCUGUAUAGACCGGGAAUCAAAAUGGCCACCAUUCUGUAGCCAACGACAUGGCUGCCGUUGUCCAUGUGGGAAUCAAAAUGGCUGGACGAUAGCUGAGGAAUGCUAUUUUGACCCCCUGCCCUGGAAAAGAGACAUGGCGGCCAUUGUCUGGGUAGGCCUGGAAUCAAAAUGGCUGCCGUUGGCUGUGGAAAAGUGGCCAUUUUGUUUCUUAGCCUCUGCGGCAAAAAGUCUGGCCAACUUGACUGGGGCACGUGGGCCAGGAAAGAAAAAUGGCUGCCAUUUUCGGCCUAUGUUUGGCUCUGUCUGUGAAGAAACAAAAUGGCCGCUGUAGUCAAAGGCUUGCCCUAGCCUCUGAGGAAUGGGCAGGCACCAUUUUGAAUCUUGGUAUUCAUGGCCAAAACCUUGGGUGUGGAAUGGUGGCCAUCUUGGAUUCCUGGCCUCCAUGGCUAAUGGCUGCCAUGUUGGGCUAUGCAAUGGCAGCCAUCUUGGAUUCCUGGCCUACAGAGCUGAGGCCACCAUAUUGGGCUGUAACCUUUCAGCACCUUCUGAGUCGUACCCCGGCUCCCUACCCCUGUGACCCCUUUCCUCAUCUUAGGGUCUGUCUUCCUCUUUUAAUGUACAGUUAUUUUUAAUCUGUCUUUUCGCUUCACGCGGCAUAUGCACUGAGACAAGACUUGCCCCCCCACCCCCGCCUCCAGCAUCCUGGGAAAUCCCUUGCAUCCCCUUAACUCUGCCCUUGAAUCAGCUGAUGCCAACUUUGCCUGUAGUAGAUUCCUGCCUGGUCUCUCGUCUUCUCUGCUGCUGUCUGUAAACCACGAGAGAAACCAUUCCCUUUCAUUUGGAACUGGAAGUAAUUUUUAAAAAAAUAAUUAAAUCCCUCUUUUCUCCCAGCCCAUUUUCCUGGUGCUGCAUCCUUGAGAUCACUGUAUGAAUGAAAUAACUUAACUCCCUUUUUGCUUUUUAACCUCUUUUUUUUAUUAUGCUGGCUCGUUUUUAUUUGCAGAAUUAUUUAAUUGCCUGUAUCGGAUCUACUGUAAAAGAUGAGGAGAAAUAAAAAAACAAACCACCCUUAAAAACUA